UACCUGUUGCAUAUGAAACGAAAAACUCACCUACUCCAAGUUUACCAUAUAGGGCAGAGCAGGGCAGGACUCUCUCUCGUUAAAAUAAAAAAAAAUAAAAAAAACACGUAUAUCUGAUGAAAUGAUAUGAUACAUGCCCAAAAAACAGCAUAAUUGUAGUAUCCUAUAAAGUAUAAACAUACAGAAAGAGAAGUUGACUGGUCUACAAAUUGGACAAGCCGUAUCUUUCAAAGCAUUUAUAGCCAUAGGUCUUAAUUUCUAGACUUGCUUUGACUCCUUUCCUCUACGUGCAAGUUCUCAACUAUCCAAACAGAAUGCUCCAUAUUGCCAAAAAUAACCCCAAAAUCCUACGUGUUCCCUUGUCAUUGAAAGAUCCCAGACCCAAACCAAACAUGGUUCCUUAAAAUACUUCAAACUCUCUGACAAAUUAAAAGCAAAAGCAUGCAUCACUAAUUAUCUCUCUCUUUCAGAUGUACAGCUUUCAGCAUUUUCGAUGGCUACUUACUCUUUCAUGUCAUGCCUUCUCCAACAACUGUCUGACACAAACAAUUCAUUACUCUACUGUCCUUCCAUGCCACAAGAAAACACCAUUUCUUUCUUUAUAUAAUGCAAAGUUCUGUUCACAGUUGCAUGGACUAGCUCUACACAAUUACUUUAAUUCACGCAUUCAUUAUUUUCCUGUUAGCUUCCAUCACCAACCACUCCAGAUGACAAGGCUUUAUUUAUGAAUGAAUGAAUGAAUGAGCCCCCUGUUGUUCUGUUACAAGGGUUUUGCUAUAUUUGUAGCUAAUCAAAAUUUGCCUUUCAUGGGGAAGAUCGGAGGAAGCUCUUGGUUGACUGCAGUGAAGAGGGUUUUCAGGUCUCCCACUAAGGAGAAUGGGAAGAAGAGUAGCAGAAGGGGAGAAGAUCAUGAACACGAAGAAGACCAAAAGAAAAGAGGAAAACGGAGAUGGAAUUUGAGGAAGCCUUCGAAUAAUCAGGAAAGAGUUAUACAACACUGCGAAGAAGCAACCAAAUCAGGCACAGCUAACGCUGACAAUACUUCUGCUACCGACAGAUAUGCUAUUGCAGUGGCCGUGGCAACAACAGCAGCAGCUCAGGCAGCCAUUGCAACAGCAAGAGCAGCUGCAGAAGUAGCUCGGCUUGCCAUGCCUUCUUCUUUUGUUAAACAACACUUUGCAGCCAUUGUUAUACAGACUGCAUUCCGAGGAUAUCUGGCUAGGAGAGCUCUUAGAGCACUUAAGGGGCUGGUGAAGUUGCAAGCUUUAGUAAGAGGCAACAAUGUCAGAAAACGAGCCAACAUGACUCUUAGGUGCAUGCAGGCACUGGUGAGAGUUCAAGCUCGGGUAUGUGAACAGCGCAACAGGCUUUCUUUUGAAGGGAGUAGAAAAUCCAGUUGGAGUUCCAUUUCUACACACGAACGGAGAAGCUCUGCGGAUUGGGUUGAUUGGGAUGGUCACUCACAAACACAUGAUAAAUUACAAGCCAUGUUGCAGAAAACAAAGGAUCUCGCUUUGAAACGAGAAAAAGCACUUGCUUUCGCAUUUUCUCAGCAGAUAUGGAAGCCUAGUAGAGACACAUAUGGGAGUGAGAAUGAGCUAGAAGAAAAACCCAGAUGGAAUGGCACCAGAAGAAAUUCAUAUGAUAAAAAAGAACACAUCAAAACAGUUGAAAUCGAUACCAAUCAACCUUACUCAGCCCAGAAUGCACAGAAAUUACAAUACCAAAAACAGAGGCCGACCUCGUGCUCUGUUGCCUCCCCUGUCCACAGAACCAACAGCAACUCCCCAGUCAACUCUCCAACGAUAUCAGGAAUAAGAGCGACGCAAGUGCAUUCAACCAGUCCUCGUUGCCUAACACAUCAAGAAAAGAAUAUUAAUGGAGGAGCCCUAGUAAGCAGCAGUGGUGGAGGUUCUCUGCCGAACUACAUGGUGGCCACUGCAUCUGCAAAUGCACGUUUGAGGUCAGAAAGUGCACCAAGGCAAAGGCCGUCAACCCCCGAGAGAGAGAAGACGAUGAGAGCAGUGAGGAAACGCCUGCAUUUUCCAGUUCCCGAGCAGGUGAAUGGCGGUGAGAAUUUAAUUGAUUACAAUUUGAUCAGAAGUCCAAGCAAGAAGAGCGUGCAUGAACAGAGGCCGAAUGCGUCGUCCUCGUGUUCCAAGGAUAAUGAGACUUGUCGUUCGGGGAAUGAUUUUGGGAGGUGGUUGAGUUAAUCGAGCAUUCGCAUUUUCCUCUGAAGUUUAGGAUCAAGGUUUAUGGUAAAUGGGCCUUCAUGAUGUGGGCUAUGACCAUAUGACCAGGGCUUUGUAAGUUGUACGUUAAUUCCUUUAAUAAGGGAGAAAUUUUAUCUACA